GGCAUGAACACCGAGACCUGCGUUUCAUACAGCGACAUGACAUCCAUGGAUUCAUAUUAUAGCCCCUCUGCAGCAGCGCAAGGCAGGGAUCACCAGACGGACCACUUUAGGACAUUCCCGGCCACUGACACCAAAUACAGCCCCACCGCCUUCCUGCCCAACAAAGGUCAGGCGUACGGAGAGAAGUCCCGGAGCCCCUUCCAGCAGGAGUGCCAGUCAUUGGAUGCCGCCGCAGCUGGGCAAGGCACUUUCGGUAAAUACCACCUGUUUAUGCAGAGGUCGUCUUGCAAAACGUCCUCCGAGGAAGGCAAGCUGCACCCGGAGAGGGGACACAACGGAGCGCUCAUCCCCUGCUAUGGUAAAGACGGUUCAGGUCUGACAGACACCGAGUUGGCCCCAGACUCCGACCCACCUGGAAUGGACACCAGCUACCUGACUUUGAAGGAUCAAGGUGUCAAGGCAGCCUCUGACAGGCUGCCAGGCACUGACAUAGCGGGCCCUAUGGACAAAGCAGAUGGCGGCGAAAGCAACAAAGGCAAGAAGAGACGUAACCGCACGACCUUCACAAGCUACCAGUUGGAGGAGCUGGAGAAGGUUUUCCAGAAGACGCACUAUCCUGACGUGUACGCUCGGGAGCAGCUCGCACUGAGGACGGACCUGACCGAAGCUCGUGUGCAGGUUUGGUUCCAAAACCGAAGAGCAAAGUGGAGGAAGAGGGAGCGUUUUGGUCAGAUGCAGCAGGUCCGAACACACUUCUCAACAGCUUAUGAACUGCCGCUGCUGACGCGUCCGGAGAACUACGCACAGAUCCAGAACCCGUCUUGGAUCGGCGGUGGCAGUGCAGCGUCUCCUGUGCCGGGCUGCGUUGUGCCCUGCGACACUGUGACCACCUGCAUGACCCCUCACCCCCACUCUGCCAGCGGCAUGUCUGAUUUUCUGGGCAUGCCGAGCCCUGGAGGUCACGUAGGGCAGGCUCACAUGGGCAGCCUGUUCGGAGGGUCUCCUGGCAUGGCCGCGGGCAUCAACGCAUACGAUCUGAACAUGGACCCGGACCGCAAGUCCUCCAGUAUUGCCGCUUUGCGCAUGAAGGCCAAAGAGCACAGUGCGGCCAUAUCUUGGGCCACAUGAUGUGUUGGUAUUUGCUGGACCCCGGAAACAUCUCAACAAACCCAGCUUGACGUGAGGGGCACGAAAACAGAAAAUUCGAAAGGCAACAGUUUCUACCUUCAUGUGUUGCAAGAAAAUAAUUAUGCAAAUACAAGGAUGGAUGAAGAAUACUCCAAGAGACAAGAACAAGAGAUGUGUUAAGAUUAGUGUCAUGGCACUACCACAUUUCUCUUUGUGAAAAGCCUGGAGGAAGGUGGUGCUGUACUGUAUAACAGAUGUUGCAGUGUUUUAUUGAUUAUAAGCGAAGAAGAGAAAGGUUUAGAAAAAGUUUUUAAACAAAUCCAUGCACUUAUUUGCUA